AUGGCAGCCAAAACACUCCCCGAUCCUUCACUGUGUGUCACCACGACGGACUUUGAGAAGGUCGCCAAGGAUGUUCUCUCAGAGAAGUCAUGGGUGUAUGCGUCGAGCUCAGCAGCAUCAGGGCUGUCAAUGAAGGCCAAUCUUGACGAUUGGACUUUGAUCAACUUCAGGCCUCGCAUCUUGAGGAGUGUGGACAAGAUGGACACCAGAAAGUCCAUUUUGGGUUCGACUUCACAAUUCCCUUUCUUCGUCUCGGCCAUGGGCACUCUUGGUAGCUCUCACCCAGGUGCCGAGCCUCUGCUCGUACGGGGGGCUACUCGCAAAGGCUUGCACACCAUGAUCAGUACUGCUUCGACGAAGACAUUGGAAGAGAUCAUGGAUGCACACAUCGACGAACAGCGGCUAAUCAACAACCAAAGUCCUUCUAAGCUUUCAUUCCAACUAUAUGUUCCUGUUGAUCGCGCAAAGGCAAAGUCCCUUAUCCAGAGGGUCCAGAAGGCCGGGUUCCAGAGCCUCUGGGUCACCGUGGACACUUCGACGCUGGGCAAGCGAACGGCAGACCGCUACCUUCAGGCGCAAGAGAAUCUAGCAGGGCCCAAAGAAACCGUUGUGAAAGUAGGAACCGGAGAAGUCAGCCGUGAAAAUAGUUACGCGCCUGCAUUCGGCGGCCGACAGGUUCCCGGCUCAGUGGAUGCCGGCCUCACUUGGGAGGACUUGGACUGGAUCUCCAAGGAAUGGAAUGGGCCGCUGGUUCUCAAGGGAAUCCAGAGCGUCGAAGAUGUCAGACUGGCUGUCGAGCAUGGUGUGCAGGGUAUUUUGUUGAGCAACCACGGCGGUAGACAAAUUCAUUCCGCCCCGAGCUCGUUGAUGACUCUCCUGGAGAUUCGAACAUACUAUCCGGAAGCAUUCGAAAAGCUGCAAGUGUUUGUUGAUGGUGGGCUCCGCGAUGGCUCAGAUGUCCUGAAGGCUUUAUGUCUUGGAGCAACUGCUGUAGGAGUAGGUCGGCCAUACUAUUAUGCACUUGCGGCAUAUGGUGCUAAAGGAGUAGAGCGAUGCACAGAUAUUCUCGCCGAGGAAGUUGAAAUCACAAUGAAGAUGUUGGGAGUUUCCUCCCUCGACCAACUUCGGCCCGAGAUGAUCAACACCAGUCGACUGCAGAAUGAGAUGUGGCGACCAGCAUUUGGAAGAUCGAAGCUGUGA